CGGCACUCUGGUGGCCAGGCACAGCCAGGGUGCUGGACAAGGGAGUGAGCGCCUCAAGGGGCCUGUGCGCUUCCUCCCCCAGAUCUAUUCCUAGCCUGGACGCCUUGCUCCCAGCCCCCCACCUGACCUGACCCCACAGCUGAGAAUCGUUGGCAGGGGGCGGGGCAGCCCCUAGCUAUAUAAACCCAGACCGAGGUGGCCCAGGCAUCCUGGAGCCCCAGGCCCUCCACACCGACCCUGCUCACAGCAGUGCGAGCCCCAGCCUGCCCAGCAAUGACGGGAAAAGCCGCCUCUGAGACCCCUGCCCCCAGCACGGAGGAGGCAACGGCUGAGUCUGCCAAGGCGCCCAGCACUGAGUCUGCAGCAGCAGCAGCAGCAGCAGCGUCGGAGGAGCAGCCCCCACAGCUGCAGGACCCUGUCUCUCAGGAACCUACCCCUGAGGCCCCCGCGGCCCCUGCAGAAGCCCCUGCAGCCACAAAACCUGCCCCCCUCAGUGAAGAUGUUCCCAGCGCCCCCCUGCGGCUGGCCUUGGAGGAUGUGAGCAGCAGCUCAGUGACCGUGAGCUGGGAGCCCCCAGAGCGCCUGGGAAAGCUGGGGCUCCAGGGUUAUGUGCUGGAAUUCCGCCGGGAAGGAGCCUCAGAGUGGGUACCUGUGAAUGCCCGGCCCCUGAUGGUGACCCAGCAGACGAUGCGGAACCUAGCCCUGGGGGACAAGUUCAUCCUGCGCGUGACUGCCGUGAGCCGGGCGGGUGCUGGCCCGCCGGCCGUGCUGGAACAGCCUGUCCACAUCCUGGAGACCAUCGAGGCCCCCAAGAUCCGCGUCCCCCGCCACCUCCGUCAGACCUACAUCCGCCGCGUGGGAGAAGCCAUCAACCUGCAGAUCCCCUUUCAGGGCAAGCCCAAGCCCCAGGCCUCCUGGACCCAUGAUGGCCACGCCCUGGACACGCAGCGCGUGAAUGUGCGCAGCGGCGAGCAGGACUCCAUCCUCUUCAUCCGCUCGGCCCAGCGCUGUGACUCGGGCCGCUAUGAGCUCACUGUGCGGCUGGAAGACCUGGAGGCCAAGGCAGCCAUCGACAUCCUGGUGAUUGAGAAACCUGGGCCCCCCAGCAGCAUCAAGCUCCUAGAUGUGUGGGGCUGUAAUGCCGCUCUUGAGUGGAGCCCACCCCAGGACACGGGCAACACAGAACUCCUUGGGUACACGGUGCAGAAGGCAGACAAGAAGACAGGGCAAUGGUUCACGGUGCUGGAACGCUACCACCCCACCACCUGCACCAUCUCCGAUCUCAUCGUUGGCAACUCUUACUCCUUCCGGGUCUUCUCCGAAAACCUGUGUGGCCUCAGUGACUCAGCCACAGUCACCAAGGAGCUGGCGCACAUCCAGAAGGCAGGUAUUGUAGCCAAACCCAAAGGGUUUGUCGAGCGAGACUUCUCAGAAGCCCCUUCAUUCACACAGCCCCUGGCUGACCACACCUCCACACCGGGCUACAGCACUCAACUCUUCUGUAGUGUCCGAGCGUCACCCAAGCCCAAGAUCAUUUGGAUGAAGAACAAGAUGGACAUCCAGGGCGAUCCCAAGUACCGAGCCAUCUCCGAGCAGGGGAUCUGCACCCUGGAGAUUCGUAAGCCUAGCCCUUUUGACUCUGGCGUCUACACCUGCAAGGCGGUCAACGUGCUGGGCGAGGCCUCGGUGGAAUGCCGGCUGGAGGUCAAAGCCUCAGCCACACACUGAAGAGCCACGGUGGGAGGAAGCCGUGCCUACAAGGCAGGUGACUGGCUGGGCCCCCACCCCUGCUCCCUCUAAACAGGGGCUGGGCUGGGAGGGGGACGGUCAGCUCAGGAUGCAAAUGUGCAGGCACGGGCAGCUAGUGCACCAGUGUGGAAAAGCACGGUGACAUUGCAGAGCCAGGCCAUGCUGAGUGACUUUACAUAGAGGUAGGGAUACGGAGCCCCUACCCCUUCCCUGGCAUUCUUCAGCGUUGCAUAAGGAAGCGUGUAGUACUGCAGGGCAGGCUAGGGAGGGAGGCCCUGGGAGAGUGGAAGGUGCUGCGUUCCACCUGCUGCACCCCUCUUUCCUUCUCCUCCCCAACCCCCUCACCGCCCCGCACCUCUGGCAGCAGCCACGCUCCACCCCGCACCAGGGCUCAGGAAGCACCUUCUCCAGCAGGUGCUGCAGCCUGAGGAUCCAACUUCACCAAGACCCCAGACUCCCACUUUCACAGCCGUGGCUUCCCUCUGCUGCCGCUGGCUCCGCCUGCCCUGGCUGGAGCCCAGAAGUUACAGGUGGGCAUAGCGAGCCCCCCGGGAGCAUGCUUCCAGGGUGGAAAAGACCAGAAAUGUGCAGGAGCUGAAGUGGGCACGGGGCUGUGCACUGGGCAAGAAGCAUCAAAUAAAGGCU